AGAUGUCGCGUUGUGGGCGGAAGGAGUCUACCACGAACAGCAGGCUAAUUGGCUUGAGACAUUUUGCAAGCGCUGGAAAAGGUCAUUGAAGGAGUUCGCUGUACAGAGAGAAAGAGAAAUCUUAAAAAAAGAGUGCCGGGCAUGCGCAUAGAGAGGAUGCCAUAUUGGAAUGAGGCUGUAGUGGGAGCUGGAGGACCCGAGCGGGCGCGCUAGGGAGGCGGCGGGUAGAGAGCGAGUGAGCUAGGAAGGAGGGUGAGCGGGACUAGCGCCUACUCCGGUCGCACCCGGGGGCCAGGCUCUACUAUCCGGGUCAGGACAAACUUCAUCAGAUAACUUGCUACAGGAUGAACUAAGGGAAGAGGACACAUCCUCGUCAGCAUGGACAGACACUUGCCAGUUUCCAAGAUGCAAAACUCAUCCUCACCAUUGGAAAAGCAAACCGGCCCAGCAAAUGGAAAUGGGGAUCUUGAUUCAGAGGAAGGUUCCGGCCUGGAGGAAGACGGUUUUAGCUGGGGAGACUAUUUGGAAGAAACAGGCACCAGGGCGGCGCCACACUCAUCCUUCAGGCAUGUGGAGAUCAGCAUCCAGAGUAACUUCCAGCCGGGAAUGAAGUUGGAGGUGGCCAAUAAGAACAAUCCAGACACUUACUGGGUGGCCACGAUCAUCACCACCUGUGGACAGCUGCUGCUUCUGCGUUACUGUGGUUAUGGGGAGGACCGAAGGGCAGACUUCUGGUGUGACGUGAUCAUAGCAGAUCUGCACCCCGUGGGGUGGUGCACACAGAACAACAAGGUGUUGAUGCCCCCGGAUGCAAUCAAGGAGAAGUACACAGACUGGACAGAAUUCCUCAUACGUGACUUGACUGGUUCUCGGACAGCGCCUGCAAACCUUCUGGAAGGUCCUCUGCGAGGGAAAGGCCCUAUAGACCUCAUUACAGUUGAUUCCUUAAUAGAGCUUCAGGACUCUCAGAACCCCUUUCAGUACUGGAUAGUUAGUGUGAUUGAAAAUGUCGGAGGAAGAUUACGCCUUCGCUAUGUGGGAUUGGAGGACACUGAAUCCUAUGACCAGUGGUUGUUUUACUUGGAUUACAGACUUCGACCAGUUGGUUGGUGUCAAGAGAAUAAGUACAGAAUGGAUCCACCUUCAGAACUCUAUCCUCUGAAGAUGACUUCUGAAUGGAAAUGUGCUCUGGAAAAAGCCCUAAUUGUUGCUGCUGAGUCUCCUCUUCCAAUGGAAGUAUUUAAGGACCAUGCAGACCUGCGAAGCCAUUUCUUCACAGUUGGGAUGAAGCUGGAGACAGUGAAUAUGAGUGAACCCUUUCAUAUCUGUCCUGCAUCAGUGACCAAGGUUUUUAACAAUCAUUUUUUCCAAGUGACUAUUGAUGACCUAAGACCUGAGUCUAACAAACUCUCGAUGCUGUGCCAUGCGGAUUCUUUGGGAAUUUUGCCAGUACAAUGGUGCCUUAAAAAUGGAGUCAACCUCACUCCUCCCAAAGGUUACUCGGGCCAGGACUUUGACUGGGCAGAUUAUCACAAGCAGCAUGGAGCAGAAGAAGCACCGCCCUUCUGCUUCAGAAAUGCAGCCUUCAAUCGGGGCUUCACAAAGAACAUGAAGCUUGAAGCUGUGAACCCCAGGAAUCCAGGAGAACUGUGUGUGGCCUCUGUGGUCAGUGUGAAGGGGCGGCUGCUCUGGCUCCAUCUAGAAGGUCUUCAGACUCCAAUCCCAGAGGUCAUUGUGGAUAUGGAUUCCAUGGAUAUCUUCCCUGUGGGCUGGUGUGAAGCAAAUUUUUACCCUUUGAUCACACCACACAAGGCAGUGUCCGAGAAGAAAAGGAAGAUUGCAGUUGUACAGCCGGAGAAACAAUUGUCAUCCACGGUGCCUGUUGAGAAAAUACCUCAUGACCUUUGCUUGUUCCCUCACAUGGACACUGCAACAGGAACGGUUAACGGGAAGUACUGCUGCCCACAGCUGUUUGUCAACCACCGGUGUUUCUCAGGCCCAUUCCUGAACAAAGGGAGGAUUGCAGAGCUACCUCAGUCAGUGGGGCCUGGCAAGUGUGUACUGGUGCUUAAAGAGGUUCUUAGCAUGAUAAUCAAUGCAGCCUACAAGCCUGGGAGGGUAUUGAGAGAAUUGCAACUGGUGGAAGACCCCCACUGGAAUUUUCAGGAGGAGACACUCAAGGCAAAGUACAGAGGCAAAACAUACAGGGCUGUGGUGAAGAUCGUACGGACCUCAGACCAAGUAUCAAAUUUCUGCCGGCGCGUUUGUGCCAAACUGGAAUGCUGUCCAAAUUUAUUCAGUCCCGUGUUGAUUUCUGAAAACUGCCCAGAGAACUGUUCUGUUCACACCAAAACCAAAUACACCUAUUACUAUGGAAAACGAAAGAAGAUCAUUAAACCCCCCAUUGGGGAAAGCAGCAUUGAAACCGGGCAUCCAAAACCAGCCAGGAGAAGGAAACGACGGAAAUCUGUCUUUGUGCAGAAGAGACGGAGAGCUUCUGCUGUGGACUUCCCAACAGGCUCCGGGGAGGAAAGCGAAGAGGAGGAUGCCGAUGCCUUGGAGGAUGACACUGCCAGUGAGGAAACUGGUUCCGAGGUCCGAGAUGACCAGACAGACACCUCAUCAGCAGAGGUGCCCUCUGCCCGGCCCCGGAGGGCUGCCACCCUGAGGAACAGCUCAGAGGCUGUGAAGCGGCCUCCAGUGGAGAGAGCACGGAGGGUCCGUCCAGUGCCAACCACUGCAUCUGCUGAUGAAGGAGACAAGGGUCCACCUGCUAAGCCUGAGGUACCAGAGGAAACAAAGCAAGAGGAGGAAGAAAGGUUGAUUCUUGAGAGUAAUCCACUGGAGUGGACGGUCACAGACGUGGUACGAUUCAUCAAGCUGACAGACUGUGCGCCCUUGGCCAAGAUCUUUCAGGAGCAGGACAUUGAUGGCCAGGCACUUCUACUGCUGACUCUACCAACAGUGCAGGAGUGUAUGGAGCUGAAACUGGGACCUGCUAUCAAGUUAUGCCACCAGAUCGAGAGAGUGAAAGUGGCCUUCUAUGCCCAGUAUGCUAACUAACUCGGCUGGCUUUCUUGAGGUGGUGCCUCAUUCUCAUGAGGCUGUCUGUGUUUGUGAAGGUUUCCAGGACUGAGACCUUGAUUUUCUGGGCUUUAUGAAAUGGUACAUUCAUUGAGGAUUUCCAAAACCCAGAAGCCCAGGACCUCCUUCAUGCACCAGCCUGUCUGAUGGUUCUGUUUCCGAAGCACGCAGAAGGACCACAGCAGCAGUUUCUGGGACUGUAGUGAAAGUUCUGAGACAGAACCGCCCUGACACUGGACUUACUUCUUCAUCUCUGAGUUUCAUUUUUCUCCCGCCCAAAGUAGACAGCUUCCUGUAAGCCAGGUUUCCUUACACUGAGGUUCAGGUUCUUGGAAAACCAAGAUGGACCGAGUGCCUCCAAACAGAAUCCCUGACUUGCUGGCAGCUUUAGCUGACUCACUCUCACGCUCUUCUACAGCUGUAUCUGCCCCACACAUGCAAACUACUGUGGUUUAGAGCCCCCUGCUCUCUCACUCGAUGUCAUUGACAACUCCUUUCCCCAAUACAGCUGUAGGCUCUGUUUCAGGACGCUUGUAUGAAAUGAUGCGCUAAGCUCUUCCUCUGUCAGAGGUGUCUUUUCACAAGUAUGGCUGCUCACAGUAGACAGUACUGUGUAAGCAGAGCCCAGAACACUAGCAGUGGCAAGCGCUCUCCAUAGUCUCCUGUGGAACCGUAGCUUCAGGGUUCUAAGAGCACUGUGACCAGUCAGGAGGAGACUAGUGUCGGGAAAUACCAAACUGAAGGAAGAGCUUUCAGAGGGCAAGCGUGGGAAGAGAUUUGAGGAAGUGUUUUGUGAACUAGAUGUAUCCACUUAGAAAUGCUAACACAGCUGGUCACGGUAAAGGACCCCUUCUGCACCCCUCUUCUGGCUCGCCACACGUGAAGCAAGCAUGAGAAAUCAAUAAUGCCUAGCAUAAUAUAGCAGAGCUAAUGCUGGAUCUGGACUCCAUUAGUUUCCAUCCUGACUUCGCUAAUGGUCAGUGUCAUGUCCUUGGGUAACUCCCCACCAUUGUGGACCCAAGCUCCCGUUGAAGGAAAAGUUAGGACACUUAGUGGUGAGGCAUUGAGUAUAUGUCUCCCCCAGUCUUUUCCUUGUUCUUGUUAGAGGAGUCAGGUGGGCCAAAUGAGACGAAGAAUGGGGCCACAGGACUUAACCCUCAAUUCCAGCAUUUCAAUCUCUUCUAGGUUGCUUAUGAAAUUUCCCUAAGCCACUUAUAUAAUAAUCAGUGCUUAUAAAAUAUGGCAGAUCCUUUCUACCAAGCACUUCAUUUGUGUUUCCUCAUGAGUCGUUCAACAAACGCUUAUAAACCCAAAAGAACUGAGGUACAUAAUGACAUAGAGGCCACCUCCCUGUCCUUUUAAAACCAUGCAAGGAAAGCAAACUUGGACUCUGUUGAGGAGUGCAUGUUCAUUUGGGAAGCUUAACUUCAUUCCUAUAUGGUUUUAUGUUGAUCUUUUCUCUUUGACUGGAGUCUCAACUAUCCCAGAACAUGAUAUGACAGGCUGAUUGCUGCUUGUGUUUUGGUAACAUUUUUUUUAUUUUAUUUUCCAGUUUAAAUUUAGAUAAGAAACAAGGUUGCUUCACAAGUCAGUUCCAGGUCCCUCUCCCUUUCCCUCCCCUCCUC